AUGUUGAGCGACGGGAUUGAGGCAGGAAUGAUUGGAAGACAGCAUCAAUUAACAUCGAAUUUUCACUCAUCGGCUGUUCAUCGAAAGAAUUCUUUUCCUGCUAAAUUUACAUCUCAACAUGAUAUAGCGAAUUCGCUUCAAUCAUUUUCAUCAAAUGACGAUCGAUCUGCAGACGCAGAAUGUUACACAUCAUCACGUCGUAAACGUUUUACACGUCGUCAACGACGUAUUUUAAGUGGUGGAAUAUUUGGCAAGCGUACAUCGAGGUCAACAUCAACUUUAAAUAAAGUACAUAGGUCAGAAUCUACAACAAGUAGCAGCGAUAACGAUAAUACUAAUGAACGAAGAAAACGAUCGACUCAAUUAACGACAAUAGAAAGGAAGAGAGGUCAAUCAACAGCUGCACGAAACGCAAUAAUACCAACGGAAUCAGCGUUUCUUUCAUUGAGGCGAAAUUAUGUUAAUUCCAGUUUGGUUACCCGAUCGACAACAGAAAUUUGCUACAAAUCAUCAACUUCAACAUCGACAACAUUAGCAUCGAUUGAACCGGUUGAUACAUUCCAGAAAUUUAAAGGACCAGCAGCUCGAAAGACACAUCGUCGUACACUUCGUUAUAAAUUAAAUUCAUCCGCUAACAAUCAAUUGGAGACAAAAGCUGGCUCACAAGCAAGAUUGGACAUUCAUGCUAAAAUUACGCAGCCGGAAAUAAAUACGCGUGUUCGACGUUCCCUAUCAGUUCGUGAAUUGAACGGUGCAAUGAUCGAUUUUACCAACCAGGAUUCCGUCACCAGGUGGACAUCACAAAUUCUUGCCGAAAUAGAUUCAUUACCGUCAAGUAGUUUUGAUUUAACCGGAUAUUCAGCUCAGCAAUCAGCACCUUUUAUCAGUGCUGCUACUUCUGUUGCCACUACUGAUAUUAUUAGCCCGAUUACUGAUACUGAUAUAAUAUUUCCGGAUAAAUCAGAAAGCAGUCCUUUAAAGGAUAUUUGGCGUCAAUCAACGGAGAUUCCUGAAGUUUCCUGUACAGCAAACAUUUUGCUGACAGCGCGACCGUCAAAUCGUCGCAAACAAUCAGCUCAUGCAAUUAUUCUUAGCAUGCCGAAAAAUCCGGAAAAAUUAUCAUCAAAAAUUAAUAGCAUUAAUUGUAGCUCAAAUUUGCAAAAUCAGAACAGUGAAAAUAACAACAACGAAACGUCACGUUUAUGGCGUUUUUUGUCCCGGAAGAAAAAGUACCCAUCAUUUAAAAAAUACCUAAAAUCACGUCAAAAAACUGCACCAAAAACUAAAAUCGUUUCCGAUGUUGAAAUUUCGAGUUUUCACGCAAAUAAUUCAUUCGCAACUGCAACGAAUUGCAAAAAUCACAUUGCUGAAUGUAAUUCGACAUCAAAAUGGAGGAGGAAUGAUAAAAUGGAAGUAAAUAGUGCAUUACCGAUAUCUAAAACGAAUUUAGCAUUAGCAUUAAACAUCAAAUCAUGCCGCCAACAAAUAACAAAAUUAUCCCAUGAACAAUUAGCCGAUUAUCCCAGCUCAAAUGGUGUGCAAUGGCGGAGAAAUAUUGAUGCGACAACCAAUCGUACAUAUUUCUCAAUGGAAAGUAUUGAUUUGGUAAAAGAAAGCGGCGUUGACGAAAGAUUAAAAUUCUUGGGCGAAACAAAACAGAUUCAACUUGCUGAUCAGACACUGUCUCCACUUACCGUUUGGAAACGAAAGGUUGGUUAG